AUGGAGAGACCAGCAGCUGCUGAGGAGACAGAGUCCGAAGAGGAAGCUGGGCUAACAACAGAGGCGGAAAGCGAUGCCCCGGUCUACGACUUCAAGAGCGACGACGAGGCCCCAGACCCUCGCCUGGGGGAUUUGCGGAUUCUUCACUACAAAGGCAACAUAGCCAAGUUGCUGCUGCGCACAGGCCAGGCAAGCCACAGAAGCAGCAGCAGCAGCAGCAACAGCAGCAACGGCAGCAGCAGCAGCAGAAGCAGCAGCAGCAGCAGCAGCAGGGGUGGUGUGGGUGUGCUAGCCUGUGUGUGA